UUCUUCUUCCUGGUUGUCGAAAGAAAAGUGAAAGUAGAUAAACGGACUAUCCACUGCUGCUCUGCUGCUACUCUGCUGAAUGCACUUUUUUAUGUUUUCACAGUUAAUUAAUGGUUUAAUUAUUGCAUUCAAAAGUAAUAUAGCCUACUACGCUACGACGCUUUGUAGGCUAUCAUGAAAGCGCCAGGGGGGGCACACUCUCCAUAAUCGUCCAGUGUAUGGUAGUAGUCAAGGCUACGGCAAUCUAGUUCCUGGAGGCUUACUGAACACAAUGGCAAAUAUGCCUGAGGUGCUUCUUACCGUAACAAUUCCUGGAGAAACAUCUGGUUCCUAUGCUGAAGCUGAAAUAAAGGCAUAUGAGUUGAUGGCCCAACGGAAAUCUACAGGUGCCAAGUAUGACAAACAGAAAGCAAAUUAUCACUCUAUGGACCAACUUUACAACAAUGAUUGUGCACCAGCAGGACCUGUGAAGGUGGACAGUACAGUCAUGACAUACAUAAAUGAAAUAUACCAUCAGGAACUGAAGAGAAUAAUAGGGGAGAAUGUUCAGAUGACACAAUCAAAAGGAGGGACCAUAGUGUCAUUCAAUUCGAAGCAGACCGUCCUUGCCCAGUUUACAAGACAGAAGUUCAUUACUUUCUAUCAGAAGAUCGCCACAGAGUUUCAGACGAAGAGGUUUGAUUAUAAGCCAUCGCAGGUCAAGUUGCUUGAAGCUGAGUUUCCAGAUCUUCUGAUUACCCCCGAUACCAAUAAGUCGUACAUUAUGGUGACGGGGGGCUACAAGAGCAUCGAGAGACUGGAGCAACAUUUUAAUGGUGUUAAAAGUCCAUCGAGAAGUCUUGGGCAUACUACACAGCAGGCCAGUGCAAAGGACAUUGUCUCUCCGGCAACCCAGCAGUCCAAAAAAGUUGAGGAGGAAACCUGUCCAAUUUGUAUGGACACCUUGACAGAAAAGAAGACGUUGCCCAAGUGUAAACAUUCAUUUUGCAAAGACUGCUUGAAGAGGGCAUUUGACUUUAAGCCAGUGUGUCCAAUCUGUGGUGUUUUGUACGGACAGCUGAAAGGGACCCAGCCUGAAAAAGGCACCAUGAGAUAUCACAUAGAAGACAAGACACACUUGCCAGGAUAUGAAAGAAAUGGCACCAUCGUGAUUGACUAUUACAUUCCAAACGGAACACAAGGGGAAGAGCACCCCAGCCCUGGGCAGCCCUAUGAGGGUGCAUCACGCACAGCCUAUCUGCCACACUCCUCAGAGGGCAGGAAGGUUCUGGGGCUGCUGCAGCGAGCCUUUGACCAGAGGCUCAUAUUCACUAUUGGCCGGUCGUCAACCUCAGGCAGGAACAACGUGGUCACAUGGAACGACAUCCAUCAUAAGACCUCACGUACUGGUGGCCCGAGCAGCUAUGGUUACCCAGAUCCAGAAUACCUCUCUCGGGUACAAGAGGAGCUGAAGGUGAAAGGAAUUUAUUAAACAAAAAAAACAUGUUUUACGAUCCAGAUGCAGCAUCUAAAACAGCAUCUGUUAAAAAAAAAAAAAGUAAAUACGUGGCAGCUAGACUUUCAGGUCCAGGUGAAUAUACCAUAGAAAUAAUGCAUUGUAUGUUUUUUGCACUAUACUGUUUUGCAUAACUAUAUGAAACAAGAAUAUACUUUUCUUUAUUUCCAACAAUAUUUAAAAUAUUGUAUAUGUAACUGACUAUACGUUCACUUUCCAUACGAAGUAUGAGAUACACUACACUAAUGCACACAUGUGGUACUUUAAUCAUAAUGGAAUGUAAUUGUAAAUGUUCAAAGACAAAUGUUAGAUGAUGUUAGUGGUUUCUAUAGUACAAAUUGACAAAUGUAUUCAUUUGAAUAAUUCACAUGUUCAAACAGUGACAAGAGCAACUGGAUCAGUGCAUGAGGAGUCCAGAUGUGUCCGCAUAUGCAUUGCAAAAUGGUUUCAGCCAUCUAAUUUUAAACUGCAGCAGGUUAGAUGAAAGACAGUCUUGGUAAAGGCAUUUCUAAAAAUAGAUUUCAUAUGAUUUAGUCUCCCUUUGUAGUAGAAGUUGAUUUCAAUAAAUAGUCAGACUACUUUUGACUGCUGAAGGUCUGAGUGUUGUACACUGUUUUUACUUUAGGAAGACUGUACCAAUAAAAACAAACACUUUUCUG